AUGCAUUUCUCUCUCCUCACCCUUUUGACUGUCUGUGCCCAUGUCACUGCGCUGCCUGAGUUGCUUGGCCGCAAUGGCAGAUGUGACCGGGCAGCUUGCGAGAGCUUCGCGCAUGAGUCGGGCUGGGCGAACCAGGUCUCCACAUCCUGGUGUACAUCAACCCUUACGGCUACCGUCACCACCACGAAUGCCGUUACCACUACGGACACCAUCACCGCUACUGCUACCGUCACUACCACGGAUGCCGUUACCACUACGGACACCGUCACCUCUACAGCUACCGUCACAACCACGGAUGCUGUCACCACUACUGCCACCAUCAGUGUGACCACUACUUGCACUCAGACAAUUACCUCAAGCGGGGCUUGGGGUACCCACGGGAGUGGGAACUGGUAA